ACCACUGGGCAUAAUAAAGAACAACAAAAUAUUAUAUCAGAUAAUGAUAUAUCAAUUGAUAAUCAGCCCAGUGGUUUACAAGAACAACAACAACGUAUUGCCAAUCGUACACAUGAUUGUGAAGGUGCUAAUUGUAUUUGUCAACGUUAUGAAAAUGGUGAAAUUGCUGUUAUUGUACGUAAUCGUAAUUUAUUAAUAAAUAAUGAUAAUAAUUAUCAACAAAAUAUACGUCAACAUAAUAGAAUAUAUCAAAAUAAUAGACAAGCAAAUUUAAAUCCAAAUUAUCAAAAUCCAAUUGAUAUUGUUAGAAAUUUUAAUCGUACACGUCGUUUACAUGAACCAGAAGAAAAUAUUUAUGAAAGAUUAGAUAAUUUUGAUGAAGCUGAUCGUGAUGUUGUUGAUAGAAAUUUACAAAUUAAACAACAACAACAACAACAACAACAACAACAACAACAACAGCAUCAACCACAAAAUAAUGGUGAUCAUACUUAUGAAAGAGUUGAUAAUCGUCCAUGGAUACGUGGUAAUAAUAAUUCACGUAAUAAUCAUCCUAAUAAUUAUCAAUCAGCAACAUCAUCAGCAUCAGCAGCAUUAUUAACAUUUGAAAGAAAUCGUGAUAUUUACAUGACAAGUCAAGCAUGUCUUGGUCGUUUUAAUAAUUUAUCACGUAAUUGUUUUUCAACAGAUAAUGUUGCAUUAAAUCAACUUGGAAAUAAUUGUAUGUGUCAAUUUUGUACAAGAUUACCAUUUUUACGUUAUCAUAUAUGUCAACAGUGUAAUGGUUUUGGUAAUACAAAUAAUAUAUCUGGUAGACAUUAUAUUUAUCAAGUAGCACGUAAUUGUCGUUGUUCUUAUUGUCGUGGUGAAUAUUUUUAUGGUAGAUUACCAAUAAAUAGACUUGUUGAUACAUUACGUCAAUGUCAAUGUAGAAAUACAAAUAAUUGUCAUUGUCGUAGAUUAAUAACAUCAUCAAAUUCAGCAAUAUAUGUUGGUAGAAUUGAUAGAAUUGCAUUAUCACAAUCUGUUAAUAAUCCAUUGUAUGCUAAUCCAACAAUUUACGUUGGAAGAUUUGAAAGAAAUAAUAGUAAUCAAGAUGAUUCUGUAAAUGAACAAAAUCAAGAGCCAUCAAAUUCAUCAUCAUCAUCUGCUUCAUCAUCACCACCUUCAUCACAAGCUGGUAAUUCAUCAAUUGAACAGCCACAACCAAGUACAUCUGGUGAACAGAGAAUUUUAAAUCAAGCUGGAACAUCAAAUGUUGCUGUUUGUACAAUUAAUAAUACAACUGAAAGACAACAUGUUUGUGAUGAUUCAUGUAUUAGAAAUCAUCCAGGUAUUUGUAGAUUUAUUGAAAGAUCAGAAAGACCAGAAUGUCAAGCACGUGGUAUACCAUAUCAUUGGUGGUUUGUCAAUCGUUGGUUACCACUUUGGGGAUCACAAGAUAGAAAUACUGAAUCAUCAGUACAACAAAAAGUUGAAGAACCAAGAGAACCACAAGGAAGUGACAGUGAUGAUCUUUUUGAUCAAGGAAAAUAUAUAAAUAAAAAGCUAGAUAUGUCACUGGGUAAUUUUAGUUUGCCUUUUCAAUUGGCAACACCAUCGCCUUAUCUUUACACACCCAAUGAUCCGUUACGUUUACGUUUGAAUGCUGUUGUUCCAUCAUCUGUAAAUUUUCAAGAUGAACGUCGUUAUCAAAAUGAGCCAUAUAUACCACCAGCUGCUUAUCAACAACAAAAAAAUAAUCAACAAAGCAAUCAACAAAAAUAUUAUAAACAAAAUUAUCAAUCACAAAAUCAACAACAACAUAAUUAUGAUACAAGAAAUGUAGAUAAACAAAAUAAUCAAUAUGUUGAGUAUCAACAAAAUUAUCAAACAACACAAACUAAAAGUUCAGAUAUUAGUUUAUUGCAACAAGAAAUUCUUCAGCCACCACCACUACCAUCUUCAUCAUCAUCAUCAAUUGAAAAUACAAAUUAUCAAGAAAAUCAAAAUUCUAGAAUAAUUCAAAAUCAACAAUUGCCAUUAAAUGAAAAUGAAAAUUCUUAUCCUGAAAGACCAGAAGGAUUUACGAGGGUUAAUGGUGGAUCAUUUGGUAAUUCAAAUGCUAAAACAUCAGUACAUGCUGUAUUGGAUUAUGAUGACGAUGGUGAUGAUAAUGUUGAUGAUUACUAUGACGAAAAUAUACCACAUGAUGCAAGAGUAACACCAAUUCAAGGACCAAUUUAUCUAAAAAAUGGAUCAGUACCUGUUGUUCCACUCUACUCAUAUCCACAAUUACAAAAUGGUUCUUUUGUACAAAUACCGAUAUUAUGGACAGCAUUGUCAGUAGCACUUGGAGCUGAAUUAAGAGGUGAUUUAGUACGUGGUACACCGUGUAUAAAAAAAAAUCAUCAAUUAUUUUGUCCAACUGCUGGAAAUAAAUAUCCCACAGAUCGAAUUGAACAAUUUAUUGAUGAAAAUAAAGCACUGAUGAAAAGAAUGUAUGGUGAUUUCGAAAUGAAUGGAGAAUAUGGUCCUGAAACAAGUUCCUCACCUCGUAGAAGAAAAAAAAGAUCAGAUGAUUUGCCAGAUGGAGGUCCAAAUUUCAAGGAUCAAAGUCAAUCAAGACCUCGUGUUAUUCAGGGUGGUGAUUCAUAUUUCGAUAAAAUUAGAAAUCCACGACAAUCAUUUACAAAUAAUCGCAGUAGUGAUAGUGGCAGAAUUGAUGCUUGUGAAUCAAAAAUUGAAAUAGUAACACCAUAUUGGGCAAGUAACAGUGCUGGUAAAAUACGAGCAAUUGUAAAUACCCAACAUUUUGAACAAGCAAUUCAUCAAGAAGUUUGUUCAAAAACACAAACAAAUCGUUGUAUUGGUGAUUGUGGAUGUGAACAAAAAUAUAAAUGGCACAGAUUACUUGCAUAUGAUCCUGAUAAUGAUUGCAAAGGUAUAUUUAUGGACUGGUUUUUAUUUCCUUCAUGUUGUGUUUGUCGUUGUGAUCCUCGUGGUAAAUUUCCUGGCACAACGACCAGUACAAAUACCAAUCAACGAGGAUAAUUACAAUUAUAUAUUUGUUAUUAUUUCAUUUUAAUUAACUGGUAUAAUUAUUUUUAUGUGGUUUUUUAAUCCCACCAAUUAAAGCUUAUAAUUAUACAUUUGUAAUUUUUAUAUUUUUUAUUAUUUUUUUGUUUAAUUUGAUUUAUUAGUUUGUUUUUUUUUUUUUAAGUAAACACUGUGUUUUAUUUGUGAUCUUGAAAAUGACAUUUGUGAUUUUUUG